GCGGGUCGCAGUAUCGCACACCAACUUUGAUAUAUUUUUUCGUAGUCGUACAGCACGGGCAAUAGAAAGCCGACCCUUCUUCAAUUUCAUCACCGCCAUGGCCUCGCCGUCCGAUCCUUCCGUCCAGGAAGCCGCGAUAAAAAGGCAACGGAAAGGACCCCCAUUUAAGUUCUUGUUUCCACUUGUGUAUGCCCCUGUCCUUCCUCUCAUCCGACUCUCUCUGAGGAAGAACCCGGUUUUAAGGGAUCGUUUGUUUACGCUUGUGCUGGCAGGGGCAUUUGCUCAUGGCAUGUAUUUGGUAACGGAUCAGUACGAUAUAGAGAGCAAGUGAAAGCUUGGAGCAUGGAUUUAGAUAUUUGAUUGCCUAUAUUUCUCCCCUUUAAUUGGUUUGCGGAUAUUGUUCAGCUCAGAUAAUCUAUUAACUUGAUGAAUAGAUUACGGAAAAUGGGAAAUUUUGAUUGUAUUUUUCUCAUCGAUUAAACUAUAGUUGCUGCAUCUUGUACUUUUUUUCAUUUAGCCAAACAUUUGAGACCUGCAACGUGUUGCAUCUCAUGUUGCAACUGAAAUAAUUGCCAUUUGCCAAAUGGUGAAGCUGCUUUUCUUUACAGAAA